CGACCACUGGUUGUCCGUUAUCAUCACCCACUCAGACCCUUUUUCAUCUACCACGCAACUGAAUUCAAGUCAAGAUGGGUGGUGGAGACCUGAACAUGAAAAAAUCUUGGCACCCGCUCCUGCUUAAGAAUCAGGAGCGGGUCUGGCUCGAGGAGAAGAAAGCUCUCGAAGAGAAGAAGAAGCUCGACCAGCUUCGCAAGGAGAAGGAGGAAGAACGGCAAUUGCAGGAACUCCAGCGUCUCCAGGAGGAACAAACUGGUAAAAAGAGGACGGAAAAGCUAGAAUGGAUGUACGCUACUCCUGCCACUGGAACUAGCACAAAUGCAAACGAUUUGGAGGAUUAUCUUCUCGGUAAAAAGCGAGUGGAUAAGCUAUUGAUCGGGGAUGAGAAUGCAAAGCUUGGUGCUGCACACAAGAAUUUCAUUGCUACGCAGAAUGCAAAUACCCCUCGUGAUGUUGCUGCCAAGGUCCGCGAGGAUCCUCUCCUUGCCAUCAAGCAACAAGAGCAGGCUGCUUAUCAGGCACUGAUGUCAAAUCCUCUCCGUCUUCGUGAGUUACAGGAGCGCAAUGGCAUUAAGCCCAAGAAAGACAGACAGGAGAGGAAAAAGGAUAGAAAAGAAAAGAAAGAGCGGAAAGAAAAAGAGAGCAGGAGAGGCCGAGAGCCGGGUGGCAGAGACAGGUCCCCAUCCCGGCGUUCAGGAGAUGACCAUCGGAAACAUUCGUCUGGUCGUUACGACUCUGAUUAUCCACGAUCUCCUAGCCCAUAUAGUCGUCGCUCGCGAUCGCCAGUGCGAUCUUACCGAGAUGACCGACGACACGAUCGCAAUGAAUACCGUUCCAGGAGGAGCCGGAGUCAUUCUUCUGAUUCGUAUCGUAGACACCGGGACGAUAGAAGCCGAGAGCGCCACGUUGCCGACAGGGUCCGUCGUUGGCCACGGUCCGACGAUUCCGACGACAACCGCCACGACCACCCCACAGACGAUGAUCGCCGACGACAAUAUGGGGAUAGCUACAAACGUCGGAGGAGUCCUAGCCCCGCAAACGACCACGGCUAUGCCAAACGCACUCGUGUCACACCUCCUGUUUCGCGUCCCUCGGAAGCAGUUUCGAAGACACCGGUUAAUGACGGCCAGGACCGGGCUGCUCGCUUGGCUGCCAUGCAAUCGGACGCUACAACGGUGGAGGCCCAACGGCAAAAGCGAUUGUUGGCUCUGUUGGAGAAGGAGAAAGCUGAACUCGAAGCUGAAAAACUUGCACGCGAGAAAUCUAGGGGCAUGGGUAGCUUCCUGAGCCAAGAGCAGAAGAGAGUAUUCGGGGGUGCAGGAGGCUUGGAGGACCGUAUCAAGAGAGGGCGUCAUGGUUUGGUGGCAGACGGAGAAUGAAGCAGACCUAGUGCGUUCUUUGAUCUCCACGGUUUACUUUCCAUUCUCUUUCAUGUACUAUAAUGUCUUGACGGUAUUACCAGUGUAACAGCGUGUAAACUAUUGAUACGUCCACAUCAGAAGCAAGGUUCUUCGUCGAGCUGGUUCUGAGAAUGGCAGUUUCCUUUGGGAGAACGGUG